AUGCUUAUUGCAUUAGGUUUUGAAAAAUAUCAACAAAUUCCACCAAUUCAGUGUAGUAAACAUAAACUUGUUAAUGAUUUUACUCGUCGUAUACGCUCUAGUUUUGGAGAUAAAUGUGAUACAAAUGAAACAUCUGGUUGGACGAGAUUUAUUGAUCAAGCCGGUACAAUUAUUGUUGAUUAUGUACCAGAACAAAAUCUUCGUUAUUGUGGUACCAGUGGCAGUCCUGGUUGGUUCUAUGGUGUUUAUCCAACUCAACUUUAUUCAACAACACUUGGAACAAUAUGCUAUCCUAGUUCAAGAACUGGUGCGCCAUGUGAACGUUUUUCGAAUCAAUCAAUUAGUGUUACUCAUUGUGGUGGUUAUUUUGUAUUUGAUGUACCAAUAGCACCUGAAUGUCCACUGAGAGUUUGUACGAUUGAUCGACCAAUGCCUUCCUAA